AGCACGAAGUAAGCGUCGCUCCACGACUUUGCACGGCACAUCUCUGCAGAUUUCACGCAACACGGCAGCUGUGAUUCACGCCGGCCAUUUCAGCUAGCAUCUUCCAAGCACACUUUACACAAAGAAGGCCAUCAACGCCACGCUCGUCUUCAUGGCACGCGUGCAGAAGGACCAGACGUGGAUGAAGAACCACCCCCUUGAGGGGGAUGACGUGGUGACCGGCCUGUACAACAUCCUGGCGAAGCGAAACCCCAAGACGAUGAAGGCCUGCCACGGCAUCCGCAUCCCCGACACCGUCGUCUUCGAGCACAACUUCCCACGCGGGUGGUACACGACGGACAUGAAGGCGAAUGAGGUGGUGCGCAAACAAGGCAAGGAACUGGACGCGAACACCAUCGAGCAGGGCUUUACGCAGGACCUCACCGACAGCUCCCCCAUCGCGGCCAGCUACCUCUGCACAACGGAGGUGGACUCCGACAAGGGGGACGACGGUGUGAGCACGCUGGUGGAAGUGUUCAACAAGGACACGUUGGGUGCCUUCUUAGCCCGCAAGACCAAGCCUGGGGGCAUCCUGCAGAAGUUUAUCAUGCCCAAAAGCUACCAGAACAGCGUCAUCAAGGCCGUGUGGAGCCCGCGCGUGUGCAUGGUGCAGCGCCGCACCAACAAGUACCGCAUCUUCGACCGCAAGCGGGCCGAGCGCGACCCCUUCUCCACCACCGUCACCUACGACGGCCCGACCUUUCUCAGUGACGAGGGCAGCGUCUCGGGCAACAUCGCGGUGGAGGUGAAGGAGCUGUGUGGCAACAUCGUGCAGCACUUCUACUACACGGAGCACAAGUAUAUCACCCGCAUGGUGCUCUACUUCAAGGCGGACCAGCGCGACCGUCUGUGGCUGCUGUGGUGCGGCUCGCUGCGGGUGUCGGACCGCGACACGCCGAGCGAGAUGCCGGUGAACCUUAUCACCAACUUCGCCGAGCCUAGCGACGCCGGCUCCGCCUUCAACGAGGACACGCUUCUGCGCAACGCGGAUGAGGCCUAUCUACGCCUGACGAACGACGAGAUGUUCUACGAGACGUACAUGAAGACGGCGAAGAAGGCGGACUCGGUCAGGGCGGAGGCGAACGCGAGCACCACCGCACACACCACCGAGGCUGCCGACAGCCAGCAGGCAAGUAUGUCCAAAGGUGUGGUGCAGGAAGAGGCCUUUGACUGGACGGGCGUGCCGGCGAUCGUGCUGGAGUCGCGGGACCGCCUAUGCCAGGAGAAGGAGACAAUGUGCAGCCUGUUUGAGGACCUCUUCUACAACGCCCGCAACCACUUCCUCACCCGCCGCAACGAACCCUACGACAUGAUCAUCCCGCAGCGAGCGAAGGAAACGUUGACGGAGAACGGCGUGGUGGAUCUCAUGCGCACCCUCCGCAUCUCCCCGAAGAGCCAACCCACCAACGCGUCCGCACCGCUGAGCUACGUGAUUGAGCCCGCCGCUCGUCAGCCGCUGACGCAGCUGUUGGACAGAGCACAACUAUGGAUUAAGAACUUCUUCGACGCUCGGCUGCGCGGCUGCAGCAGGCGGUGA